AAGAAACGAGAAGGUGGUGAAUGAACUAAUCGUACGUAGCAAGAUAAACCAGGCAUCUCAGUUUUAGUCUCUGCGCUGCUAAAUUAUAACUUACCCUUUGCUACAGUUCUACUAAAAAGAUCAACUGCAUGAAAAUGGAAGCACUCAUCAUGGAGUUCGGGGAAGACAUGUACUCCAAGAUUAAGACGAAUCUAUCACGGGUGCAGAUAUAUGAGAGGAGGGACCUGCAAGAGAAAGCGUUGACUUGCAUACCCGUUUCAGAGCUUACACGCAAGGCGCAGCUCACGAUGAUUAACUAUGCAUCCAGUGCCACCCUGGCCAAAGAUAAGCGGGAUCCCGGUUUCAGAGACUUUUUAUUAAUGGAACUGCUGCACUGGUUUAAGCAGUCUUUCUUUUCCUGGGUGGAUACGCUCGAGUGCAGCCAUUGCGGUGGUUCCACAACAAACACUGGAGCUGGAGAGCCGACAGCCGACGAAAUUGCCAAAGGGGCGUCGCGCGUUGAACUGCACGGCUGUCGCAAGUGCGGGACCCACGAACGGUUUCCCCGGUUUAACCACCCUGCCAAGCUGAUUGAAACACGGAGAGGGCGCUGUGGAGAAUGGGCCAAUUGCUUUACGUUUUUUGCCAGGUCGAUGGCCUUUGACGCUCGGUAUGUGCUCGAUUGGACUGAUCACGUUUGGACUGAAGUCUACUCGGACAGCCAGCAGCGUUGGCUUCACUGCGAUCCGUGCGAAGCUCUCUGCGACGCGCCCCUCGUUUAUGAGGCUGGUUGGGGAAAGAAGCUAUCCUACAUUCUUGCCUUUUCCAAGGACGAAGUGCAGGACGUCACUUGGCGCUACACCUCGAACUUCGAAGCUGUUCGCGCAAGGCGCACGGCUUACUCGGAAAUGGAGCUCAUUCAGCUCAUGCUUUCACUAACCCGGCAAUGCCAGGAGUCGUACACGCAGAAACGCAGGGAGGAAUUGCUGUUGAGGAGAGUGCUGGAGCUAGCGGAGUUCUUGACGCCGAGGAAAGCUACCGAGAGUGAGUUGCACGGAAGGUUGUCGGGAGCUUUAGCGUGGCGGCAGCAGAGAGGUGAGCUUGGAAGCUGGGUGCCCUUUGCAUACAAGCCGAUCAACAGCAACUGCAGGAACAUUAUUUUCAAGUACUCGUCAGCAGUGGACAAAUACUCCAUCAGUGAGGAUGGCAAAGAAGCAAGCCAGAUUUCGGGCUGGGCAAAAGGAGCUUUCUCUAUUGAGAAAAUGUUUCGGAAGGUAGAACAAGACUGGAAGAUGAGCUACUUGGCGAGACAGGAGGGUGCGCAUGAGGGUUCACUGUCUUGGAGGCUCGAGAUCCCUCCUGGAAGGACAGUGGAAAAGCUGGACCUGACCUGUGUGGGAACCACGUAUGAAAAUGGAUCAGUCAACUGGUCCGUGUCUACGGAUGAGGAAAACAUUCCCAUUAAGGGCUCCAAUGGGGCACAUUCAAUAGAGUUGCAGAAAAAGGCAAAGUUUGUGUGCUUGAAGGCAGUGGUUAGUGGUGGCCGAGGAACCACUGCCUGGCAACAUGCGCAGCUGUGCAGGGAAUCAUUGGAAAACCAGCAAUACAGUUUAGAGAUGGCUGUGACAUUUUCAGACUGAAGAGACAGAAGCAUACACCAAGUAUACUAUUCACUUUAUGCAGCAUGACUAACUCCUGAGGAGUUAUGUGAUUCUCAAAUUAGGUGUUGAGUUGCUUUUAAAGAAUUGAGUGGAAAUCUUGUUUAUUAUACUUAGGCUUUUACACUAAGUGUUUAAAUGCAUUGGUGUAUGCCUGGAAUCGGAUCUUUCAACGUGCAUGUUUUUAAUAGCCUCACAUGAAUAUUAUACCGCACUUGAAAUUUUCUAAUCCUCGCAGGAAGUGCCACAUUAUAAAUGAUAGAGUUGUUUACAUGAGUGUUGAACACUGUUACUAUAUUCUAGCGAAGCUGAACCUUUUUGUAGCUUUCUGGCACAUAAAAUUUGGGAAUAAGCUCCUUCUUUACUUCUCCAUUGGGGUGUGAAUAAAUUUGGUUCAUUAAAUUGUGACAUGUUGGCAUGAAUUUUUUUUAAACAUCUUACAGAUUGUGAUUUUGCAGUUACAUUCUGUUAUGUUUAUGGCUUGUCAGUUAUUGUAACCAAGGCACUCAAUAUUUAAGUGCCUGCAAUACGACAAUCCAAUAGAAUAUAAUGAUAAGGAUUGUUUGAGAUUAAGACAAGUUUGUGGUGUUAUUGGUAAAAGUGUCACUAGUGAUUAUUAACGAUAAAAUAAUUGCACAGAGAAGUUUUCGGGUUGUGGCAGAAUAUUUCUAAUGUAACCUCAAACAAGGUUUUUGAUGCCAUAUUUUACACUAAAAUUGUGUUAUGUUACAGUGACAGUGUCAGGGUAAGUGCUAUUACAUUUGUAGUAUUUUUUAUCUACAUAUUUGUUCCUAUUUGUGUGCUAUGACAUACAUGCAGCAUGUAAUAGUGUGUUGGCAAUAAAUUGGGGCUUCGAAUGUAAAAAUAAAUCUAUUUGAAAAUUGA